UAAGACCUGGAAAAGACGACUGCUGUCUACCCUCUCUGCUCACCCUGCCUAGCUUGAGGAUCUGUCACCGCAGCCAUGAGGAUUAUCACUCUCCUCGCUGCCAUUCUCUUCGUAGCCCUCCAGGCCCGGGCAGGCCCACUCCAGGCAAGAGGCGAUGAGGCUGCCGGCCAGGAGCAGCGUGGGGCGGAUGACCAGGACAUAUCUAUUUCCUUUGCAUGGGAUAAAAGCUCUGCUCUUCAGGUUUCAGGCUCAACAAGGGGCAUGGUCUGCUCUUGCAGAUUAGUAUUCUGCCAGCGAACAGAACUUCGUGUUGGGAACUGCGUCAUCGGCGGUAUGAGCUUCACAUACUGCUGCACUGCACGCUUGUAGAUUAACGUUCUGCUGUCCAAGAGAAUGUCGUGCUGGGAAUGUCAUUAUCGGUGGUGUGAGCUUCACAUGCUUCUGCAGGUGAACUUGCAGAAUAGAGAAAAA